ACCGGAUACGAUAUUUCUUGAGAGAGCGAGCGCACGAAGAGACGCGCGACAAACCAACUGCAUAAUGAAGCUGCUAUUCCUGACUUAUCUCGCGCUGCAAAUUCUCCACGGUCGUGACAGCCAAGUCACCGGAAACCACUGGAGUUAUGCGCACUCCAGCAAAUGGGAUGGCACUUGCCACACGGAAGACGGGAGGCAACAUCGUCAGUCACCCAUUGACAUAGAAUCCAUCGUUCCCUACAGCACACCACCGUUUGUGUUCAGAAACUAUGGCUUCAUCAACACGACGCAAACAAACAAUGGACAUACGCUGAAAGUUCUGGCGCUCCCCAAAAGCCUCCUCCUCCACCAAGACCCACAGAACCUCUUGGGAGAAGAGGAAGAAGACGAAGAAGAAGGACCGGAAGCCGCAGAGGACGCCCGACCGCAAGUCUUAGGAGGUGGACUUCCUGGGCCCUAUAUCCUGCACUCGUUCCACUUCCACUGGGGAUCGGAUUCCUUCAAAGGAUCAGAACAUCUGCUCAAGGGAUGUGCCUUUGCCGCUGAAAUGCAUCUGGUGCACUUCAAGAAAAAAUAUGGUUCCAUACAAGAGGCCUUAAAACACUCGGACGGACUGGCGGUACUUGGCAUCUGGCUGACGCCUGCGCACGCAACAUGGCGCCAUUCUCACUUGGAUACUCAUGCCACCACUUCUAAGGCCGAUUACUACUUCGCCGCUGGCAGUGUGCCAGUGCCAGGCGCCUGUAGUUACACCAGGGAGGAGCAUGAAGUGUCAUCGCAUCAUUGGUUUGACAUGAUCACGCCGCACGACAACGCCCACGGAGAGGGAGAGGGACGUCCUACGCCCGUCUACUUGAGACAAUUACUGCCAUUCGACACGGGCGCGUUUUACAGGUACCAAGGAUCUCUAACAACUCCUCCUUGCACGGAAAACGUCAUCUGGACCGUCUUCCACGAGGCAGUGUCAGUCCCGGAGGGGUUUCUCGAAGGACUUCGGUCACUGGUGAUGCCGUCUCACCCAGAACACCAAGUUUCAGACAACUUUAGGCCUCCCCAGUCUCUCUCCGGCAGGCUCGUUUUUUCUAGAGGAGGCACUAUGGAAGUACCGGCAUCGUGCGAGAGAAGUCGAGAACUCCACGCAACGUGCACAGAUUUCCCAGAUAUUUACGUCACCUCCGAAAGUGAAAAUGAAAUCGAAGCGGAAGAAACGAUGAUGGAAUUAAGUUGUCCUGAUGAGGAGCCUUCGUCACCGAUUAAUCUUUACCUGAUGCAAUCCGAUCCACACUAUUCCCCUGCAUUGCAGUGGAGGCCAAUCGGUCAUUGCAAAGGAGCCAGAGUGGUCAAUGACGGAGACGUUUUGAAGGUUCUUUACCCAACAAGAUCCCCAGAAUGGGAACUGGUGGGAAGCAAUCUGACGAAUGCUUACUAUCUCUCCGCAAUACAACUAAGGUGGAGAUCAGAACACCGCCUUGGGGGACUUACUUUCCCCCUGGAAAUGCAGCUGAUGCACUACAAUUCUAAAUACAAGACUUUCCAGGAGGCCAUGACGAGAACAGAUGGAUUGGUGAUGGUUUCCAAAUUCUUCCAGGAACCGGAGUCAGAGGAGAUAACGCUGGAUUCAAUGGAUGGGUACCAGAUAAGACAUAACAAACACCUGGCGGGCAUCAUCGAAGCGGUGCAAAAAAAUGCCCAGACACCCCUCGGACACAGGGGAAUCAGAUCACCGGACAUACGUCACCUGAUGGGGGAUGCGUCCACCUAUUAUGAGUAUAAAGGGUCAGUUGGCUCAAUUACACCUGACGUUUGCCCAUCAGGGACUGCGACCUGGAUGGUCAUCCGGAAGACGGGCCACAUCUCCAGGAGCCAAAUGGAAAGCCUCAGAGAAAUGCAAUCUUGGGACGGUUCGGCCAUCACCUCAAAUAACCGGCCACUUGCUUCCUCCAACGGCCGGAAGGUUAUUCUCAGAAUCGACAGCAGAGAACUGGCUCACGAAUUCAAGACGAUGAUGAAGCGGCGGAAGAGGAAGACCGUGAAACCACCUCUGGCGCCUACUUCUGUUCCAGAGUCUGAACAUGAGCAAUCUUUGCCGCGGCUCUCCCUUCAGCCACAAGCGUCAAGGUCGGCGAAGUCUUCAUCUUCCGCUUCGUCUCCACCGACAUCACCGGCGUUCCUCCUCCUUUCAUCACUAUCGUUCCUCAAUCUGAUGACAGUCAUCGAGAAAUUUCGGCGCUGUUUGUGAGGAGGGAUUUUUCGAUGGGGGAGAAUAUAUAUACUUGAUGGGUAAACAAGUUUUAUGAAAGACGCUGGAAAAGAAGCGAGCCAUCCUGGAUAUCGCAAACUGAUGUCUAAGACAAGCGUUGGUGUUUCUUUUUUUAUUGUUUUUUUUUUUCUUUAUAAUUUUUGCUGUUAAUAAGGCUACGUAUACUCAGGAUAAUGACUAUACACGUCGAGUUUAAUAUGUGAAGUUUACAUGAAGUUCAGUGGGCUAAAUUCAAGUAAACGUUUUAAAACAUAUUUAUAUAUAAGCCUUGACACUGAAGA